AUGUGGUCACAUGGUGUGGUGGCUCCCGCCACCGGGGGCAAGUCCUGGGCUGACCAGGGGACUGUGGCAGAGCACAUUGUGACACUUCGCGCCAUCGUCGUGGGCGAUCUCACAGAGGAGUGGUACCUCUACUCCAUAGCGCACCCCGUGCGCACCGUGCGCGACGUAAGGCACAACGCAGACAGGUACUAUCCCGCAGAGGUGGUGGGACGGCUGCUGGGGAUGUAUCGGGCGUUGCCGGACGAUGCCUCGGAGGACGAGGUGAAGCGGCUGUUCGGAGAGCUGAUGAGCGACGGGCAGGUGCACCUCCCGGUCAGGUUGCUCACGAGGGACUUGAUGGCGGCCGGCUUUCCCGUCGUGCGAUACGAGAUCCGCUGGACACCCGAGCAGCUUCGUCCGUUUGGAUAUGUCACGCAUGGCACGGACCGUGCAUUGUGGGCUCUGCGCAUCCCCAAUCUCGAGCCACAACAAGCCGAGGUCGCACGCAAAUGGCUUGACGCUAUCGACGCUGAGGUGAAGCAGGUGGAGGAGCACGGGAAUGGUAGAGACCUGCAGGAAGUUCUUGCUCUGAAUGAAGACAGAACAAUCGGGUGGAAGCCCGAUGAGAGAUGGAACGAACUCAUGCGGCUACGCGCUGCCUUGCCCAGCGAGGCCUGA